AUGUCGGCGAGAGCUACCAGGACAACCUUCUUGCCCAUCCUCGCUCUUGCUCUGGUGCAACAUAUAUCGGCUGUAACAGUCACACUGACCAACCUCCCCGCAUAUCAAUCACAGCGGAGCUGCGCGACACAAUGCUUUUACGUCGGAUUUGCAAGCGGUGGGGGACCUGAUCGGCUUGCCGAUGCUCUGGAUUGCGCAGUCGAUCCGAUUGAAAACGACUGCUUCUGCCGCGCAGAUCUUCAGGACGAUGCAGACGCCUUCAUCCAGAGCUGUGUCUACGAGUAUUGUUCGAGAAACACGAUUGAUGUAAGCAGUGCCGUCAGUAUCUACGACAGCUACUGCACAGCUGCCGGGUUCAACCGUGCAGUGGAGACUACUGCCACGCAAGGCAAUUCGGGAACGGCCUCCAGCAAGACAAAUGGUCCUUUGCAGACCAACCCACCACCACCCGCCUCGACAUCAUCCACGUCGAGCUCCUCGAGCAACAAAUCCACGCCAUUCCUCUCGACCUCCGAACUGGUGGGCAUUAUUGUGGGUGUAUGCGGCUUCAUCGCCACGAGCAUUGGUGUCUGGUUUUCUUAUCGCAUGUUGAAAAACAAAAGGGCUGUUUCUGUUCAUGGGUCUCCAUCCUAUAUAGCGCGGGCACCAUCCCAGCACGUCCCGAUGGGUCCAGUCGCUUACAAACACCCAUUCGAAUCACAGAAUAUCUACCAUGGAUAUAGAUGA